AUGGAGACCUUGGUAAGUGUUCAAGUAGGAAAUUCAAUAACUGACCCAAUUACAGUGAACUCGGGGCUAAGACAAGGCAAUUUUUUGUCAUCGAUUCUGUUCAAAGUGGUUUUGGAAAAGGUAAUUAGAGAAAUGAAAAUAGAACUUCAUGAAGAUACUAGACUACAAGACACGUUGAUAAGUUUACUUGGUUAUGCUGACGAUAUAGUAUUGAUGGAAGGGUUUCAAGAUAUGUUGAAGAUAUUAUUUAGUAGGCUGUAUAAAGCAGCAUCAAAAGUAGGGCUAUACGUAAACGAAGAAAGAAUGGAGUAUAUGUUUUUGAGUAGAUGGGGGCUACCAUUUUGUCAGUUCAUAAAAAUAGAUCACUAUGAAUUUAAAUACCUCGGUACUAUUUUGACUGAAAAAAUAAUGUAG